CUCGCGCACAGUCUCCGUCGAGCAGUGCAAUAGACUAGAUCGCCGCGCCGCGGAAGCAGGUCGAGAGUUUAGGCACAACGUUUUCCGAGAACAACUGAGAUUUGGAGUUUGUGAAAAAGUGAAGAAUAUUUUUGUGAAGAAUAUUGAAACAAUUAGAAUUUGAGCUAUUUUUAGAACAAGAAACACGUGAACUUGUGUGUGCAAAAAAAGUGUAUUAAAAUCUAAGCAAAAUGUUGCUGAAAAAGCUGCCCUUAUCAGCUCCCCCCUCUCUGGGCGCGGUCCGACGCUGCCUCUCGGCCCAGCCCAGCACCAGCCUGAAGGAAUCUCCCGAGCUGCCCAAAACGGGCCACGAACCGCAGGUGUACACCACCCACAGCUACGACAAGAUCACCAACCUGCGCAAGCAAUACCUGACGCCGAAUGUGACGUCGUACUACAAGAAGCCACUGCUGAUCCACAAGGGCAGCAUGCAGUGGCUGUUCGAUCACGAGGGUCGCCGCUACCUGGACAUGUUUGGCGGAAUUGUUACGGUGUCGGUGGGGCAUUGUCAUCCCAAAGUCAACGCGGCACUGGAGGAGCAGAUGAACACGCUGUGGCACACGACCAACAUCUACAUGCACCCCAAGAUCCACGAGUACGCGGAGAAGCUGCUGUCGAAGAUGCCCGGCGAUUUGAAGAACGUUUACUUUGUCAACUCCGGCUCGGAGGCGAACGAUCUCGCGAUGAUGAUCGCUCGGCUGUACUCGGGAAAUCAGGAGAUCAUCAGCUUCCGGAACGCGUACCACGGAGCUUCGCCGUACACGAUGGGACUGACUGCGCACUCGACGUGGCGUUAUCCGCUGCCGGGAGUUAGCAAUGGGAUGAUCCACGCCAUGAACCCGGACCCGUACAGUGGGAUCUGGGGAGGAAAGAACUGUCGAGAUUCGCCGAUACAAACUAAUAGGCACUGUGACUGUCCGGCGGACCAGUGUCUUGCUUCGGGCAAAUAUUACAACGAGCUGGAGCAGGUCUUCAAGUACUCGCUGCCCCGCGGGAAGGUCGCGGCCAUGUUUGCGGAAUCGAUUCAGGGAGUGGGCGGAACUGUGCAGUAUCCGAAGGGGUACAUUAAGCGAGCUGCCGAGUUGGUCCGUGCCAACGGAGGGUUGUUCGUGGCGGACGAGGUUCAGUCCGGGUUUGCGCGGACAGGGGAGCACUACUGGGGCUUCGAGGGACACGAUAUCGUGCCGGAUAUUGUGACGAUGGCGAAGGGCAUCGGCAAUGGGUUCCCGAUUGGAGCGGUGGUGACUUCAAGGAAGGUCGCCGAGGUGCUUUCUCAGGCGUUGCAUUUCAACACGUACGGAGGUAAUCCGUUGGCGAGUGCGGUGGGAAUCGCUGUGCUGGAUGUGAUCGACGAGGAAGGACUCCAGAAGAAUGCCCUUGACGUUGGUACCUAUUUGCUGAAAGGACUGGACAAGCUGCGCGACAAGUACGACGUCAUUGGAGAUGUACGAGGAAAGGGCCUCAUGAUCGGCGUCGAACUGGUGUCGGAUCGCGAAACUCGUCAACAUCUGAGCGCCCCUCACUUUGUCGAGAUCUGGGAGAUGUGCAAGGACAUGGGCGUUCUGUUUGGACGAGGAGGCCUCAACGCUAACGUCCUCCGCCUGAAGCCCCCGCUUUGUGUGACGCGCAGUGACGCCGAGUACGCCCUAACUGUGAUAGAUUUUGCCUGCGAGACAUUCCUGAAGAAGCGGAAGCGGGGCUGCCGGAAGAACUAGAAUCUGAGCAGCCGAUCUGUUAACUACCGUGAAGAUAUUCUGUGAUUCGUGAUGAUGUAGAGUGUAGGAUCGUUGUUCAUUUGUCGUUUAACUUUUAUUAAGAUGUAGCCUGUGAUUAGACUGGUAUUAGAUAAACCAAGCAUCCACACAUUGCCAGCUGUAACGUUGAUUCAUUCCAUGCACCGAUUAGCAAUAAACAUGUAACAUUUUAAAACGAAAACUGUUUUUAUUACUUUCCCAUGUACUUUAUGAUAUUUUUUAGAUAACAAUGCAGAGGUCAUUGGAAUGAAUCUAGCGGCGGAAGCAACAAAUUCGCUCAAUCUUUCUGCCGUACCUUCCCACUCAAAAGACUUUGUAGGCGAAGUUCUAUAGCAAACAAGGACAUCUGCCAUUGUUACUCAAGAAAGAUAUCCGCAAAGGAAAUUUAAUGCUGUACAACUUUGUCAAAAAGUGUCCCUUUUCUGCUGAGGAUUACGAAGUUAUAAAUUGAGUAGAGAUGAGAAGGGAACAUCCAUAAACAACGUGGACACCUAAUUUUGAUGGAUGAAAUGGGUGCAAAUUACACAAUU